GUCUCCCCACCCACCAUGGCCGCCGCCACCCUGAGCUCUUCGCCGGCCAAAUCCUCAAGCCACGCCGCGCCAAAACCCAAUCGCCCCCACCAACAGCUCGCCCACCUUCUGAGCUCCACCCCAGACCCCUUCACCUUGAGCUCCGGCCACUGCUCCGCCGGGAUUCCAGGGAUUUCCGGCCAACCGUGCACCACCGUCUGCCCGAGCUCCGCUCACCGUCGAGCUCCUACUCCCGGUCCUCCUCAACGUCAACCAACUCGUCAAACCGGCUCAUGGUGAGGCACUGGAACUCAUCUCUCCGCUUUUUCUUUCUCUUCAAGUUUCCACGGGCGUUUCCGACCUCGCCGCCACGGCCGUGCUGCCAUGACCGCCCGGUCCGCCGCCGGCCAUGCUCCGGCUGGCUUUCCACCACGAAAAGUAGCUGGUUUUGUGCGCGUGCUCAAGCUGAUCCGUUUCGUGUGCUUCUCCUCGCCGGACCCCUGCUCUCCGGUAGGGAAAUCGCCGGUCAUGACCGCCGCCGCGGCCUUGACCUGGCACGCGUGUGGGCACGAUGCGAGGGAGCUAGCCUCACAGGAUCGGUAGACGUUGGGCGUCGCGCAACCUCUUCCCUCUAGGUCGCCUGCCGGCGAGCACGUCCUCUCCAUGGCCGCCGUGAGCCAGCGCCGCCUCUUUCUUCCAUGGGCGUAGCGAUUGGGGAGGGAAGGAGGAAGAAGGUAUGGACGUGUGGGCCCACACGUCAGUGGCACAGAGAGAAUAGAUGUAGGGGGUAUUUUUGUCCAUACGAAAGAUACAUGCGCCUGCAGGUGGGCCAAGGUCGUGGGAGACGUUGAAAAUGGCAUGGUUCGAGUUUGGAACGAAUUGUAAUGGAUAUUUGUAAUGCAUAUAUCUAAUUGACCUUUUUUUUCCCUCCUUGCUUCCUCCCUUGGGGCUGCUGUUCGUGGAGUUUCUUUUCUAUUCCUCUCGGUUUCUCGUGAUGCCACUUAAACGAGCUUCUAUCAGCCGUUAGGAAAUAAAUUGUCAAUUAUUCUGAAAAGGAAAGAUAAGAAGAGUCGAUGGUCUUUACGCAAUGUAAACCAAUAUUUUUGAAUGUAACAUGCAAAUACUAAGAUGAAAUUUUCAUGGAAAGAAAUUGCAACUUUGAGCAGAAAAAUGGUAGGACCCGUCUCUAUCGUUUCUCGAUCAAAGCAAAAGCCAAAAGUAUUGUGGAAUCUCGAUCUCUGUUUGAUACCGGUCUAUCCCAUAAAAUUAGCAUUGUUUUCUACUACAUCAUUUUCUAAAAAAAAGUACAAUAGAUCAAGUUAAAACAUGGAUUUCAGUUCAAGUUUUGACAUUAUCCACCAUUCCAUUGACAAAGCUUCACGGUAAAUAAAAAGGCAGAAUAGCAAUGUGUAAUCAAGGGGAUUAGCAAAGUCAGGCCUAGGUGCAAGCACUACAUAAAGUUGUAAUUGAAAUCUCUCUUUUAUGCUUUUAUUAAUACAAUGGUACACGAUCUCUUACAUAUUUAAAGAAAUAAUAGUAGUACAAAAGUAUAAUUGACUAUUGCUCAAAAGACUCUUGCAAAUUGAGGAGGAACCACUGAAUUCUUAUAAACAAAAUCGUUUGAAAAGACUCUCUCUCAAAGAUAAACCCAAAACAAUUUUGUCUCUCCCUUUCGCUUCGAGCUGGGGUUUAAUCUGAUAUAUAAUCUGGACGCUUGAGUCCCGAUCCAAAGGUGGCAGUUGCUCACACAGUCGCACCUAAUCCGAGCCGACCCGGCGGUGAGCAAACCCCGCGAAGAAGACAGAGCACAGGCGUCGGAGUCGAGAUGCUCCCAUGGGCGGCCAGUCCGGCCACGGCGUCACCAGCCACCACUCCGCCCACCGCCGCCGUCUCCUUAGCUCCUAUUCUCCGCGCCGCCGCUCCCCGCCUUCCACCGCCUCUGUACCGCCCGCUUCCCCUGCUGCUGUGUGCUGGCCUCAGGGCCCCACCGCGCGCCGCCUCUUCCGACGGCGACGUCUUCUGGGAGGAGCCGGACGACGGGUCCGGAAGCGACUAUGAGAACGAAGCGGAGGAAGAGACCGAGCGAAGGAGGAGCUCGCGUUUCCCGUCCUCUUCGCCGUUCUCCAGGCUCGAGGCGGCGCGGCAGCAAGAACAGGAGCUCCGGAGAGAAAUCGAGCUCCUCUUGACGCCUGAAGAAAAGGCUAUCUUGGAUCAACAUGAGACCCCUGAUGUCAGUAAAAUAUCAUCACCAAAAUGGCAUCCUCUCCAUAGCUACGCCUUGGCACUGCAGAUACCCCUCAUGGAUAAGCUACUAAACAGUGGAGUUGACAUCAAUUCACUUGAUAAAGAUGGUUUCACCCCUCUUCACAAGGCGGUCGUAGGAAAAAAGGAGGCGGUCAUUAGUCAUCUCUUAAGAAAAGGGGCAAAUCCCCAUGUUAGAGAUAGGGAUGGAGCCACACCAUUGCAUUAUGCUGUUCAAGCUGGUGCCCUGCAGACCGUGAAGUUACUGAUUAAGUACAAGGUUGAUGUCAAUGUUGCUGAUAAUGAUGGAUGGACUCCACUGCAUUUAGCCAUACAAAGUAGAAAUAGAGAUAUAGCAAAGGUCUUGCUUGUCAACGGUGCAGACAGGACAAGAAGAACCAAGGAUGGAAGGACUGCACUGGAUCUAAGCUUAUGUUUUGGAAGGGAUUUCAAGUCAUAUGAUCUGGCAAAGCUUGUCAAGCUUAUUCCAGCAAAUAGAGUGUGAUUUUGCUCCGCCACAAAUUUUAGAGAAAAAUUGACCAAAUUUUAGCCAAUGCAGCCUCAGCUGAGCCAUCCAAUAGUUCAUGGAAUCGGUUGUUCCUUUCAUUUUUUUUUCAAACACAGUUCCACUGUUCUAAUCAACACUCAUGCAUAGCUUAUGAAGAGGGGUCCAGGUGCAGCUUAAAGAAACAAGAAAGGGAUUAUUAGCGUCAGUCAUCAGACAACUUUUUCUUGAUGGCCUACUCCAGCUGAUCUGACGGAUUGGCUACAGUUGUUCCAUUGGAAGUGUGUUCUGUAGUCUGUUCGACAUAACUCAAAAGAUGAACCUAUGGGCAUACAUGCAGUUGUCUUUUGUUCAGCAAGUCUUGUACCAAAGGUGAUAUUUAAAGUUCAAUCUAUUAGCCUAAUUGUUUUGGCCAAACAGUAUAACCAAUCGAGUGAUCUCGAUGUGCCUCAGGAUACUCGCAGAUUGUAGCUGUAUGUAUUACUGUAUCAGUCACGUUCCAAGACAAGUUGAGUUAGCACAGAUUUACAGUGCAUGAAA